AACAGGCAUGCUGGAUCUCUAGGUAAAAUGUACCUAGGCUACAAUCAUUCUUCAUUCUCACUGUAUUUUAUCUUUAAAUCGGGCUCGGGGUGAGAGUGUGUGUGUGUGUGUGUGUGUGGAAUCAUUGGAGAGGAACCGCUAGUUACCAAGGAGACUCCUAGAUGAAUCAGAGAGACUGGCUGGUAUCUUCUUUAAUUCACGAGACCAUAACAUUUUAAACGAGAGGAGGAAAUACGAUGCCAAGUCUGAGAGAGACGAGUUUCCCCUCCCACCAUCAGCACCAAGGAUAGCUCCUCUCGCUUGUCUUGCCAUGAGAAGGCGUUAGCAGGCGGAAUCGAGGAACAGAUUACGGCGGAGUGAAGGGGGAUUUCUCCGGGUCGCUGAUUGGUUCGGGGAGAGAACAAAAGACAGGAGACCAUUCAAGGGCAAAGUGGUCCUUAUGGAGCUGGUAGGAGAAACAGCUGAAAAGCCACGUUUCCCACCCAGGAGGGAAGACCAAGGCAGAGAGUCCGGGGAGCCCCAGAGAUGCGUUGGUCUCGUCGUCGUUCUGCACCCUCGGCGCUCCUGCGAAUAAGGACCCUGCCCUUUCUUCGUGCUCUUUCCCACGGCUGGAGAGAGAAUGGCGCUACUGGGUUCCUUUAAAAUCCUGAGGAAAGACCCUCGUCUGUAUUCAGCAUCGGGAGUUCUCGCCAGCCUUUCGGAAGGUGCCGGCCGCCGCUGCUUGAAAUCCUGGCAGUGAAACGCUCCUCUCGGUGCCUGACUCGGACACAGUUUCACCAACUGGCAGGUGAAGUGACAAGUUUGGCAAGGGACAGAGGGACUUGGCUUCACCACAACACCAGCCCCGACAUCCCUUGCCUGCCAGAGGGGGUUCCCAUCAUGUCUACGAAGCGUGUGAAGGGCUCGGGCAGUAGGAGGGAUGUAAACACAGCAGGGUGGUGUUUUAAGAAAUGUGGCAAUAGACUGGGAGCCCCGUCAAACAAAGUUUGGCUGAAAGAAGCUUGGCUUUUAUAGACCUUUUUCAGCAUCAAGAUAGUUUCUCUCUCCCCACCCCACCCCCUUACAAAUGGAUUGGCGUAGCUCCUUUUAAGAACAAUCUUGAACUUUAUUUUAUUUUAUUUUCCCCUCCCUAGCCAUUCUCCCCACCCACCCGCUUUCCCGGUUGAGAAACAAAUUAUUCAAGGAAGCAUCAUCGGAAUGUUGAGAAAAGCACAAAAUCAUUCUAACCGCUAGAACUGAAGGCUCAGGGAAGGAUCCCACAUGGAAAUCGCUUGGUUUCUCAGCAAAGGUGACAACUACAAAAGUAUGUAGAUUGAAGGGAGGAAAAUCACUGUGUGUGUCAGAGUCAAUUGAAAUCUCCAUAUUUGGAACAGCUGGACCACCGUUGCUAAGGUACUACCACCAUCCCUCCAGGACCUCCACAGUAAGGAGAGGCAGCGGAGACCAAUCCUCUAAGAUGUUCAUUUGGACCAGUGGGAGGAGCUCCACGUCGUACAGACACGACGAAAGAAGAAAUAUUUACCAAAAAAUCAGGGAUCAUGAUCUGCUGGACAAAAGGAAAACAGUCACCGCUCUCAAAGCAGGGGAGGACCGGGCCAUACUGCUGGGACUGACUAUGAUGGUCUGUUCGAUUAUGAUGUACUUCCUGCUGGGAAUCACGCUGCUGAGGUCAUACAUGCAAAGUGUUUGGACAGCAGAGACGCAGUGCACGCUCCUCAACAUCUCCAUCACAGAAACCUUCAACUGCUCGUUCAGCUGCGGUCCAGACUGCUUGAAAACCUCUCAGUACCCUUGCUUGCAAGUGUACGUCAACGUAUCGUCUUCGGGGCAAAAGUGCUUGCUUUACCACACAGAAGAGACAAUGAAAAUUAAUGCUGAGUGCUCAUAUAUACCCAAGUGUGGCAAGAACUUUGAAGAGUCUCUGUCCCUCGUGAAUGUCGUCAUGGAGAACUUCAGAAAGUACCAGCACUUCUCCUGUUACUAUGACCCCGAAGGCAUUCAAAAGAAUGUAUUGCUAACCAAACUCUACAGCUCCAACGUGCUGUUCCACUCCCUCUUUUGGCCAACUUGUAUGAUGAUAGGAGGGAUUGCUAUCGUUGCCAUGGUCAAGUUGACCCAGUAUCUGUCCCUCCUCUGUGAAAGGAUCCAAAGGAUCAACAGAUAGAAGCAGCCGGCUCGCUUCCGGGAUGGAUUCACAGCUGAAAUACUGUUGUGGUUUUUUUUCAUUCUUCACCAAAGAACCUUAAGUUUGUAACGUAUACGUCUGUUCUAAGUUCCUUAUAUUUUUUAUGAAGUAGAGCAAUAAUGAAAAAAGGCUGUUCUAUAUGCAAACGUGAUGCUGUUAUUAUGCAGGUGAUGGGAGAAGGAAUCGCCAUUUGCG